AUGGAACCGCUCUCUGAUGUUGACUGGGACGUGCUAAUCUCCGGGACUGGCCUGCCCCAGUCCAUACUUGCGCUGGCUCUCUCCCGCUCAGGUAAAAAGGUUCUCCAUGUUGACAAACAUGGCUAUUACGGAGGUUCGGAUGCUGCCCUCAGCCUCCACGAGGCCGAAGACUGGGUAACAAGGAUCAACGAGGCUCCGGGCUCUACUCCCUUUGAGUCUGCCUCAAUCUCCACUUCCCCCGCUUCAUCAGAAGAUGGAGGAAGCGGCAAGCUUUCUCCUUCAAGAGCAUAUACACUGUCACUAUCACCACAACUCAUUUACUCCCGGUCCGGACUUAUCCCAACUCUCGUUUCAUCUAGGAUAUUUCGACAGCUGGAGUUCCAGGCGGUGGGGAGUUGGUGGGUAAUGGAACAUGGAAGUUCUGCCUCUUUAAAUCGAGUGCCCGGAAGCCGAGAAGACGUCUUCGCUAACGACAGCAUGUCGAAUAAAUCGAAAAGAGCCCUGAUUAAGCUCCUCCGACAUUUUGCCCAACAAUCGCUGGAUGAUGGGGAUGCGGAUGGUGGAGAGGACAGUGACCUGGAUGUCGUUCCCUUUACACAAUACCUGGAAUCAAGGUUUCAUAUUCCAUCAGACCUCCAUGGCCCGCUUACAUCUUUAUCUCUCUCUCCUCGUUCGUGGGAUGAGACGAGUGCGCGAUAUGCUGUUGAGAGGAUAAAAAGGCAUAUGGGAUCAAUUGGUGUUUUCGGCGUCGGUUUCGGCGCUCUUCUUGCGAAAUGGGGCGGUGGUGCGGAAAUAUCACAGGUAGGGUGUCGAGCAUGUGCAAUCGGUGGCGGUGUUUAUGUCUUGAAUAGGGGUGUAAGUCAUAUAGAGGUACCAGCGGCGGGUUCACAAAACGAUGAUGCCCGACGACUGCGGGUUCAACUCUCGGACGGAGGGACGGUACGGAGCAAGUUUGUUGUGGGUUCGCCAUGGGAUUUGCCCACCGAAAUUCAAAGCCCAACAUCACCCAGGUACACGAAGGUUGCUCGCUCGAUCAUGAUCGUAUCAUCUCCGCUCGAGAGCCUCUUCCCUCUCACCUCGGAAGGAGGCGUCAUCCCAGCCGGAGCAGUUGUAUUUGUUCCCGGACCACCUGGAACGACUCGUGCUCCAGUGUACCUAAUCGUGCAUUCCAGCGAUACCGGGGAAUGCCCUACUGGCCAAUGCAUAAUAUACGGCAGCACGCUGGCAGACGACGACAACAACAACGACGACGAUAACCGGCAGUCAGAGUCACAGUCCCUCAUUCGUUCUGCAGCCACAAAUCUUCUCCGAGCGGCAGAUGCCGAUGCAAAAAUCCUGUGGAGCGCCCAGUAUACCCAACUGGGCCUGCUGAGCCGAGCGCCAUCACCAUCACCAUCGGCAUCGUCUCGUGCAGAAGCACCCGCGGUUUCCAGCAGCAGCUUAUCGGGACGCGUAUUCUCGUUUGCGCCUCUCAACCUCGAUCUGGCAUUCGAUGAAGGCAUGCUCGCGCAGGUGCGCGCGGUCUGGGAGGCUGUGACCGGGGGGGACGCGGAGGAGGAGGAGAGGGGCCAGUUUUGCCAGUUCGAGGAUCGGGAGUCGAUGGAUGAGGGGGAGGGGGAGGGUGAUGAAGCGGGUCUUAACUAA